CUGGGUGGUUCCCUCGCGCUAGACUUGUGCAUGUUUUCCCUUCUGCAUUUCGGAGAAGAUGGCGUCGCAGAGAGGAGUCCCUAUAAGUAAGCUAUGUCCAAUGUUCCUCCACACAAACUCCACCAGCCACACCUGGCCCUUCAGCGCCAUCGCUGAACUAAUAGACAAUGCCUAUGAUCCUGAUGUUAACGCCAAGCAGUUCUGGAUUGAUAAGACCCAGAUCAAAAAGCAAGACUGCCUCAUCUUCAUGGACAAUGGAAAUGGAAUGGACUAUGAAAAGAUGCACAAGAUGCUCAGCUUCGGUUACAGUGAUAAGAGAGUCAUAAAUGGCAAGCACCCGAUUGGUCUCUAUGGUAACGGCUUCAAGUCCGGGUCCAUGCGUCUGGGGAAAGAUGCCAUUGUGUUCUCGAAGUCGCAAGAUGGAGACACCAUGCAAGUAGGCAUGCUCUCCCAGAGCUACCUGGCACAGAUCAAAGCAGACGAGAUCAUUGUGCCCAUCAUCUCCCUCCAAUGUGUCCCACACAGCCAGUAUAAGUUCAAUGUGAAUGAGAAGCACAAGGCUAGUCUGCAGGACAUCCUGCACUACUCUAUCUUUAAUACGGAGAACGAGCUGCUCGAAGAGCUCAAAGCCAUCAGCUCCACAGGCUCCUCGGGAACACGCAUUAUCGUCUGGAACCUGCGCAGGACGAUAACACGACCGACAGAAUUUGAUUUCACGACAUUCAGCGACGACAUCAAAAUCCCAUUAGAUGUCCCAUUGAAUGGGUUGAAGAGCAACAGUGAGCAAUACAGAGCAAUACAGUCAGAGCUGCUCACCAAACCAGAGAGUUACUACUCGCUACGUGCAUACUGCAGUAUUCUGUACCUGAAGCCCCGGAUGCAGAUCAUAAUUCGAGGUCAGAAAGUGAAGACUGAGCUCAUCUCCAAGAGCCUGGCUUGCAUUGCUAAGGACCAUUACAAGCCCAACUUUGUGAACAAACGCAUCCCCGUGACCUUUGGGUACAACACCAAGUGCAAGGACCAAUACGGCAUCAUGAUGUACCACAAAAACCGCCUUAUCAAAGCCUAUGAGCGAGUGGGCGUUCAACUCAAGGCCAACAACCAAGGUCUCGGGGUUAUUGGGGUCAUCGAGUGUAACUUUCUGGAGCCCACCCACAACAAGCAGGAUUUUGACAAUACUGACAAAUACAGGAAAACCAUCAACAACUUGGGGGUAAAGCUGGAGGACUACUGGAAAGAGAUACGCUUUAAGAGAAACAAAGAAGAUCCUAGCAGCACCACACCAGUGGAAGACACCAUGAAACGUCCAGACCAGAACUGGGUGCAGUGUGACACCUGCCUGCGCUGGAGGAAGCUGCCAGAUGGAAUUGAUUGCAAACGGCUCCCAAAAGAGUGGUUCUGCCACAUGAACCCUGACCCCCAGUUCAGGAGCUGCACGGUAGAGGAAGAGCCUGAAGACUCCGAUGAUGACCAACCUUCAUACCAGAAAACCUACAAGCAACAUGAAAGGAACACCAAAAUGAAGCAGGAUAAGAAACGACAACAGAAUGAAGAUGAGCAGAAGAAGGCAGAGCAGAUGCAGAUUAAGGCUCUGGCUCAGAAGAACAAGACUCCGAAGCACCAGAGGAUCUCUUGCCUCGCCAAAGCAUCCCCUUCAACCCCUCCGGCCCCUUCAACCCCUCCGGCCCCGUCAACCCCUCCGGCCCCGUCAACCCCUCCGGCCCCUUCAACCCCUCCGGCCCCGUCAACCCCUCCGGCCCCAUCAACCCCUCCGGCCCCGUCAACCCCUUCAAACCCAAGAAUGAAGAGAACCCUGGCCAUGACCCCUGAAAGUGAGACAAAAAAACCCAGGUUGAAUGGUAUCCACAACAACACCCCCAUGGAGACUGUAUCACCGGCUGCUGAAACAACCAUGUCAUCCACGUCAGUCAUCAUUCCUGUUGACGAUGACGACGAUAACAUCAUGGAUGACGAUGACAUUAUGAUCUUGGAGAUCAACAGCACCCCUAUUCAGAAGAAGGCAACCUUUGACCUUGCCAUGGUAAAAUCAGAGAGCAGGGCAAUGGAGACACCUUCUGGCACUGGCAAUGUUAAAACUAGCUGCACAGGAACAAGCUCUGUGGAGAUGGGAACUGCGGCGACCAGCUACUUCCCUCCACCACCUUCUUCAGAGCAGGUGAGCAUCACCACCCAGACAGAGAUCAGGAGCAAAGUGAAGGAUGAAGAUGAGGAGCACAAGGGGAAAAGGGAGAAGGAGGAAAAAGUUAAGGACAGAACCGAACCAGGCCCUUCCACACCAAACCCACCCUCUGCUGGCCCAUCCACACCAGGCCCAUCCUCUUCUGGUUCAUCCGCCCCAGACCCAUCAGGCCAUCCUAUGAUUGACCUCCGUAACCUGUCAGUGGCCCAGGAGCAGCAGGACCAGCUGCUGGAGCUCAUGCAGGCUGCAGCCCACGAGAGGGACCAGUUCAAGGAGCAAGUCAACAAGUUGACCUCCCAGCUCCAUAACCUGGAGGGCAGCAUGCAGGAGCUCUCCCAGGCCACUGUGAAGAGAGAGCACUGCCACCAGGCCUGUCAGACUGGAGAAGGAGGGGAAGAAGGAGAGCAGUCGGAGAGGAUUAAGGUUGAGAUUAUAGAGGAGGAGAGGGGCAACCUCUGGUCUCUUUGUGAGACACUGCAACAGGACGUGGUGGAGCUGAGGAGGGAGAAACAAGAGUGGGGGAGAGAGAAACAGGAGAGAGAGAAACAAGAGAAAGAGAAACAGGACAGAGAGAAACAGGAGAAAGAGAAACAGCUGAGAGAGAAACAGGAGAGCGAGGGAGCUCAGACAUCAGCUGACCAGGCAGAGAGCAGACUGAGGGAGCUUCGGAGGAGUGUUGGUCGUCUCCUGGUCACGUUUGUCCCAGCGCUGGACCUCGAACAAGUAAACUAUGACUGUUCAGUCAUUGACGAAAUCCUCGACCAGGUUCUUACUGACGUGGAGUCCAUGGGGCCUGUGUAGGUGCCUGUGGGCGGGAUAUGGAUGGACGGGUUGUCAUCCAUCUUACUCUGUAAGGUGAGGCAAACUUGGGGAUAGUUACAGAUAAUUCCUGCCUACCUUUUCACACUUUUAAAAAUGGUUUUAUAGGUAUUUUUUACAAAAAAAAAGGAAAUGAACACAUAAUACCCCAUAAUAACAAAGUAACAACAGGUUUGUAGAAUUUUUUGCAAAUCUAUUAAAAAUAAAAAACAGAUACCUUAUUUACAUAAGUAUUCAGACCCUUUGCUAUGAGACUCAAAAUUAGCCACUCCCAAGUAAAAAGCACAUGACAACCCGCUUGGAGUUUGCCAAAAGGCACUCCAAGGACUCUCAGACCAUGGUCUGAUGAAACCAAGAUUGAACUCUUUGGCCUGAAUGCCAAACGUCACGUCUGCAGGACACUUGGCACCAUCCCUACGGUGAAGUAUGGUGGUGGCAGCAACAUGUUGUGGGGAUGUUUUUCAGCGGCAGGGACUUGGAGACUAGUCAGGAUCGAGGCAAAGAUGAGCGGAACAAAGUACAGAGAGAUCCUUGAUGAAAACCUGCUCCAGAGCCCUCAGGAUCUCAGACUGGGGCGAAGGUUCACCUUCCAACGGGACAAUGAGUGGCCCAGCCAGAGCCCGGACUUGAACACGAUCAAACAUCUCUAAAGAGACCUGAAAAUAGCUGUGCAGCGAUGCUCCACAUUCAACCUGACAAGAGUUUGAGAGGCUGUAAUUGCUGUCAACAAAAUACUGAGUAAAGGGUCUGAAUACUUAUGUAAAUGUGAUAUUUCCUUCUUUUUUUCAUAUAAAUUUGUACACAUUUCUAAAAACCUGUUUUUGCUUAGUCAUUAUGGGGUAUUGUGUGUAGGUUGAUGUGUGAUGUGGGGGGGGGACUAUUUAAUCAAUUAUAGAAUAAGGCUGUAACGUAACAAAAUGAGGAAAAAGUCAAGGGGUCUGAAUACUUUCCGAAUGCACUGAGUAUACAAAACAUCAAGAACACCUGCUCUUUCCAUUACAUAGACUGUCCAGGCGAAUCUAGGUGUAAGGUAUGAUCCCUUAUUGAUUUCAGUUGUUAAAUCCACUUCGUUUAUUGUAGAUGAAGGGGAGAAGACAGGUUAAAGAAGGAUUUUUAGCCUUGAGACAAUUGAGAUAUAGAUUGUGUAUGUGUGCCAUUUAGAGAGGGGGGAGGGGUGUUCCUAUUAGGAAGGUAUUCCUAAUGUUUUGUAUACUUUUUAAAAACUUUAAUUUUGUUCCAUGACCAUGGUGGUGUUGUGGAAAUUCUUGCACAUGGACACUCCAGGUCAAUCUGGUAGCUGGUUGAGAGAAUGCCUAGAGCGUGCAAAGCUGUCAUCAAGGCAAAGGGUGGCUAUUAGCAGAAUCUCAAAUAUAAAAUAUAUUUUGAUUUGUUUAACACUUUUUUGGUUACAACAUGAUUCCAUAUGUGUUAUUUCAUAGUUUUGAUGUCUUCACUAUUAUUCUACAAUGUAGAAAAUAGUAAAAAUAAAGAAAAACCCUUGAAUGAGUAGGUGUUCUAAAACUUUUGACCGGUAGUGUACAUCAAACUCCACUGAUGAGACAUGUUAUCAUCAUAUAAUCAAGAUGAGUCAUAUUACCCUCAGAGGUAUUCUCCUUGUUACUAAUCGAGACAUGUAAUCUAAACAUGUUUUCCUUGUUACUAAUUGAGACAUCCCCUGAGACAUGAUGUCUCUUAAGAGAUUUCUGACACAUGCUAUCCUCUACUGUAGAGAACAUUAUAGAUCAGCUCACACAGAACUGACAAACUCAGCUCACAUUCACUACAUAUUCACACUUACUAGUCCCCUGACAGCUCUCAUUCACUAAAUACUUAAUAGCUCAAUUUCAAUCCUCUUAUUGUCCAAAUUUCAAUCGGCUUAUUAUCCAGAUGUCAAUCUUAAUACUAAUAAUUUCAAUCUAUUUCUUAUCCACAUUUCUAUCGGCUUGAUAUCAAAUUUAAAACUUAUUAUUCAAAUUUCAGUUUAAUAUGUAAUUUCUCACAAUCACACAACUUUCCCAUUCACCUAGUACUAUUACCCAUGUGCAUCUUCUACGAUUUUCUUGUCAUUACUUGCUAUACACCUUAUGUAUCGUCAACGGUUCUCUUGCCACUACUUGCUAUACAUAUAAAUAACACCCCAUAUUCAAAAAUGCCUUGUGUUAUUUUGUAGUGGCUGCAGACCACAUAGACAUUUCUUCUAAAUGCCUAGAGUCAGCAGUCAGUGGGGCUUUCCAUAGUACCGUUACGCCCUCUUCCUAGUUCUCAUAAGACUAGUAAAUAGCCUCCUCUCUAUAAGACUGGGUACCUUUUUUUGUGUUACUCGCCCUGAUUUUAUUCUAUAUCAUUUAUUUUUAUACUGAUUUAUUUAAAUUGACUUACCAGUUGCCGUCCUUCAAUUGUUUGUGAAUGAUGUGUCUCCUCCUGGGCAGCUCACAGCCAAAUUCAAAUUAAAUUACUAAAAAUAUUUAAUUUUCAUGAAAUCACAAGUGCAAUAUAGCAAAACACAGCAUAGCUUGUUGUUAAUCCACCUGGCGUGUCAGAUUUCAAUAAAGCUUUUCGGCGAAAGCAUACCAAGCAUUUAUGUAGGAACAUCUCUCUCAGUAGACAAAAUAUUACAAACAGCUAGCAGCCAAGUAGAUUGGUCGUGAAAGUCAGAAGAGCAAUAAAUUAAAUCACUUACCUUGGAUGAUCUUCGGAUGUUUGCACUCACGAGAAUCCUAGUUACACAAUAAAUGUUCCUUUUGUUCCAUAAAGAUUAUUUUUAUAUCCAAAAUACCUAUAUUUGUUUGGCACGUUAUGUUCAGAAAUCCACAGGCUCGAGGGGUCCCGACAUCGCAGAUGAAAAUUCCAAAUAGUAUCCGUAAAGUGCGUAGAAAGAUGUCAAAUGUUUUUUUAUAAUCAAUCCUCAGGUUGUUUUUACAAUAUAUAAUCGAUAAUAUGUCAACCGGAAUGUAGCUUCUUCCAUAGGAGAGAGAGAGAAAAUGGCUGUUGCGCAUGAAAAACUCUGCUGGCACCCAGCCAUCCACUGACGUGAUGGGUUCUUUCUCGCUCAUUUUUCAAAACAAAAGCCUGAAACUAUGUCUAAAGACUGUUCACACCUCGAGGAAACCAUAGGAAAAGGAUUCUGGUUGAUAUCCAUUUAAAUGGAGGCAAGGCAUCCAAUGGAACAGAGCGCUUUCAGGAAAAAGAGCACUUCCUUGUUGAAUUUUCCUCAGGUUUUCGCCUGCAAUAUCAGUUCUGUUAUACUCACAGACAAUAUUUGGACAGUUUUGGAAACUAGAGUGUUUUCUAUCCUAAUCUGACAAUUAUAUGCAUAUUCUAGUUUCUGGGCCUGAGAAAUAGGCAGUUUAAAAUGGGUGUUUUUGUAGCCAAAAAUGAAAAUAUAACUCAAGAAGUUAUGGGUGGAAUGUUAUUAUAAGUGUAAACUCAAACUCAAAAUAAAAUACAUUUAAACUCUGA